AUGCAGGAGGCAAUCCUGAGCAGUCUGAGAGCCAAGCAGACUCUGGUAUUGACAGGAGACACAGGAUGUGGGAAAAGUACUCAGGUUCCACAAUUCAUUUUGGAUGAGGCCGUAGUUCAAGGCAGAGGAGGGGAAUGCAACAUCAUUGUCACUGAACCUAGAAGACUGAAUGCAAUUUCAUUGGCAAAGACUGUUGCAAAGGCUAGAGAAGAACUGGUUGGGCAAAGUGUUGGCUAUCAAGUGCGCCUUGUUGGAGAGAUCUGUGAAGAACCUGGAGCUAUACUAUACUGCACUUCUGGAGUGCUUCUUAAGAAACUUUUGAGUAAUCCCACCUUGGAGGGAGUGAGUCAUGUUAUAGUUGAUGAGGCUCAUGAGCGUGACCUAUUCACGGACACACUGAUGGUGUUCCUAAAACAUGCUUUGACCUUGAACCCCUCUCUCCAUGUGAUUGUCAUGAGUGCAUCAAUGAACAGCUCCUUAUUUGCAGAAUAUUUUAAUGCACCUCAGAUUCAUGUUAAUGGAAGUCUUUUCCCAGUGAAACAAUAUUUCCUGCCAGACCUGUUGAAUCAUCUUGCUAUUUGGAGUGAUAAUGCAGAGAAGGUCAUACAGAACUCUCAAUUAGACAGACCCCAGUUCCCUGGGGACUUAGUGCGUGAUGUCAUUAUGGCAAUUCACAGGGAGAAGCCAUCAGGUGCAAUCCUAUGCUUUCUCCCUGGCUGGCAAGAAAUACUAUGGGUCGCUGAAGAAUUGGAGAGAUGCAUGGCUCAAGAAAACUGCCAGAAUUAUAUUAUAGUGGAGGCUCAUUCAAGGUUGUCACCAGCACAGCAGGAACGAGUGUUUGAUAUCCCCCCUGAAGGAAUUCGGAAGAUAAUCCUUGCAACCAAUGUUGCAGAAACUAGUAUCACCAUCAGUGAUGUUGUAUAUGUCGUGGAUGCUGGCAUUCAGAAAGACAAACGGUAUAACCCACACAACGGAGUGGAGGAAUUCAAUUCCUUCUGGAUAUCACAAGGGAAUGUAGAGCAGAGGAAAGGCCGAGCUGGUCGGAUCCAACCUGGAGAGAGUUUCCAUCUGUACGUGAAAGCACGUUUUGAUUGCUUCGAGAAAUUUCCUAUUCCAGAAAUCCUCAAGGCACCCCUAGAUUCAGUCCUCCUUGACGUCAAGAAUAUGAUUGGAGAAUCAGUGCCACUGAGAGAGUUCUUUGCUAGUGCAUUGGAGGCUCCACCACAGGCUUCUCUUGAAAGAUCCAUCUCAGAGAUGAAAGAUGAUGGCUUCCUGAAUGAAGAUGAAACACUGACUUCACUUGGUUGCAAAGCAGCCAAGCUUCCCUUGCUGCCUAAAAUUGCCAAGGCUGUCUUAUAUGGAGUGAUGCUGAACUAUAUGGACAAUCAGUCCCUUUUCAAAAUUGCCUUCAAAACUGCACAUAGUUUUAUCCUUGGAUUGAACCAGCAGUAUGAUAUCAUAGGUGUUAUGGCAAGCACUGAGGAAUAUUUGGAAAUGGAAGGUCUCAUAGAAGGUCCUUUGGAUUCUAUGUCAAAUGAAAACACUUUUGCUCAUUGCUAUGAAGAUCUUGUGAAGGGUGCUCUGUUAGCUGGCCUUGGACCAGCUCAUCUAGUCUCAAUGAAACGUGGUGUGAAGAGGAAGGGUAGGAUCAUGCUGCAGGAACCAUCACUCAGGAAAGGGAAUAUGAGAGUCCAGUGUCAUUCAGAAGUGCUGAUUGACGAGAGUGAACUCCAGGAUCCCUUCAUCCUUACUUUUGCACUGGAACAGUCAAAAGAGAGGGGAAGAAAUGUUCUUUUGCUUCGCAAUGCUUCACCCAUAACUACACUUCUCUACGUGUUGUUCUCAGGGAAACGCCUCAUCAUGGAAGAGGCUAGGUGA